AUGUUCACCUCUAUGCGGAUGGUGCACACGUCGACGCGUGUGGGAGGCAAGGCGUCGAAGCCUCUGGUGUGGCUGCUCAACUCGGCAGCGGAUGCGGUGUCGAGCACGGCGUCGGGCGUCAACACGGUGGUGUCAUCAGCCGGCUCGGCUGUGGCAGGCACCAUCGAGUCGUCAGCAAAGGCUGCCAAGGAUGUGCUGCCGCAAGAGCCGCUGGUCCCGUUGCCCAAGGCGGCGACGUCGAGCCUCUCGGCGGCGGCGUCGCUGGUCAGGGUCGGCACCUCGCUGACCAAGUCGGCGCUGGGCGCUGCUGCCCAGCUUGGCGGUGCUGCCGGCUCGGUGGUGGGCUCGGUGGUGGUCGAUGCCGUCUCGGGCCGCAAUGGCAAGGGCUCCCAGGCGUCGGCGCUAGGAGACGCUAUGGAUCCCGAGCUUGUUCGUGCCGCUACCCGGCUGGCGUCGACGACGUCGUCAGCAGUCAUGUCGGUGCUCGACACGGCUGAGGCGGCGUCGGCUACCGUCGUCGACUCAUCGCUGGGAUCGGUCUCGUCGCUUGUCGGCCAGACGCUUGGGCCCGAGGCCGGCGACGUUGUCCGCGCCAACCUCACGGUGGUCAACGACGCAGUCAAGACCAUGUACAAGGUCAAGUCGUUUGGCAUCCGCAAGAUGGCCUCGUCGUCGGCCAAGUCGUUCCGCGACCAGGCCCUUCGCUCUGUCCUUGUGCUCUCGCCCGAGGUCGUCGCCGCCGCGCAGCCGUCAUCCUCGAGCCACGUCCCGAUUCCGCUAACCGACUCUGAAGAUCUUGUGGUGAUCCCUCUCAUGACCGCCUCCAACUACACCCACUCUCGCCCAGUCCGCUUCCCGCAAGCACACCAGCUAAAGCAACUCUGA